CAAUUCUCUAUAUAUACGCCAUUCUCUUUACUCUUUGACUCCCACUACACAUCUCUAAUUGGUUUAAAUUCCAGAGUUUAUCAAUGGCUUCAUUUUCCGCUCCCUACAAUUCUCUUCUUCCUUCCCCGUCUUUUUUCUCGUCGGAGAGCUCUGUUUCACCGUCGUCAGUCAAAUUCCGGCCAUCAAGUUUUUCAGGCGUCGCGGCGUCCGCCACUGCUACCUAUGCUGAAUUCGAAACAGAAACAACUACUACUACCUCGUUUUCGUCGCCUCCGAAUUUGACCUCUCUUUCUCCAACGUCGUUUUACGAUUUGCUCGGAGUUCCGGUUGGCGCGACGAGCGAGGAGAUCAAGGCGGCGUAUCGGAGACUUGCUCGGGCUUGCCAUCCCGACGUGGCGGGGACUGAUCAGAAGGAAUCGUCGGCCAACGAGUUCAUGAAAAUUCAUACGGCGUACUCCACUCUAUCGGAUCCCGAGAAACGCGCCGACUAUGAUCGGCGCCUCUUCCGUCGGAGACGGAGUGUCAAAGUCCACUCCGGCAUUUGUACUUCUCCGGCGCCGGAAAAAAUGUCGAGAUUCACCGGCUACACUCGCCGGAAUUGGGAGACCGAUCAGUGCUGGUAGCUGGAUAUAUUUUUAUUUUCCUAGUGUGAACAAAGAAAUUUGAAUAUAUAUAUGGGAUUCAAAAUUCAUGUUACAAUAUGUAUCAAUAUGGGUGUGGGUACAAUAUCUCUGGAUGAUCUUCUGAUUCUUCAAUUGAUGUCUUGACGCUCCAUUGAAGGGCCCCCGGAUCUCUACUGGCUUGAUCUUCAAAGAAGAACUUAUAUAUUUGUUCUUCUGAAGGGCCUCCGGGUUCAAAUGGCUUGAUCUUCAAUUGGAGAUUUUGAUCAAUAUGAUAGGCAUGGAGGAGCUUUGGACUUUCAAGGUCAUGGGACUUUUAUUUUCAUGAUCAUGAUCUCUAAUUCUCUAAAUAAGCUUCAAGCUA